AUGGUUUGUGUGCUGGAAGUGCUGGAUGUCAACGUGAACGUACUGGUGGUGGUGAUGGAUGCACUUGAAGUACUUGAACUGCUUGUGCUGAAUGUGCUACUACUCGAAGCACUGCUGGUGGAUGUUGUGGAGGUGCUGCUGGUGCUGCUGGAGCUACUGCUGCUCGAAGUGGACGUGGAACUGGUCAUGCUGCUUGAGCUGGAGGCACUAGUCGUGGACGUGCUUGUGAUGGUGCCUGAUGUCGUCGUACUAAGUGUGGUGCUUAUUGAUGUGCUUGAGCUUGAGGUGCUGGAAGCGGAUGUGCUGCUGCUACCCGUCAAGCUAGAUGUGCUUGACGUGCUUGUGCUAGUUGUCCAUGUUGUUGUGGUGCUGAUGGAGGAUGUGACACUGCUUGAAAUGCUGCUCGUUGUUGAGGUGCUAGAAGAACUGGACGUGCGGCUGAUGCUGCUGCUGGUGAUGGAGGUUGCCGUUCCAGACGUGCUGGUUGAUGUGCUUGACAAAGUUGCACUUGCUGUCCAUGUGGUAGAAGUAGCACUCGAGGACGUUGAAGAACUGCUGCUAGUACUGCUGGAGAUACUGCUCGUCCUCGAUGUGCUCGACGAACUGUCAGUGUGGCUGGUCGUGGUGCUGGAGCUGGAAGUUGCCGAAGUGGAUGUGCGUGUGACAGACGUCAUGGAACUGCUGCUAGUACUGCUGGAGCUGCUGGUUGUGAGGGAGGUGCUAGAUGAAACGGAAGUUUGGCUGGUCGUGGUGCUGGAGCUAGACGUUGCCGAAGUGGAUGUGCGUGUGACAGACGUCAUGGAACUGCUGCUAGUACUGCUGGAGCUGCUGCUUGUGAGGGAGGUGCUAGACGAAGUGGAUGUGCUUGUUGUAGACAUUGUGUAA